AUGACCUUGACUUCGGAAUUUUUCAACGCUAUUUCAAACGUUAUCCAUUUAAAAAUUCUAAAAUACACCAGCGAACAAGUAAAAAGUUCAACUGUGCGAGUCACUUUCUCGAAGGGACAGAACAAUUUAACAGAGGCUACAAACAUACAUAAGUGUAGCAUUAGGGGCUUAAUAUAUUGUUGGAUAAUGCCUAAUUCUGAUUUGGAGAUCAAAACGAUUAACCCGGAGCUUUCUUCUUCUCAGUUUAUCAUCCAGCCCCAUACCGAUGAUCCUAUGGAUAAUCUACGGACUACAUCUUUGACGAAGUCGAAUAGCGCUAAUUCAAGUGAAUCCUCGAACACGCAGCCCAUCAAGUCAAAAUGUCUACCAAAAAUCAAAAUUCUAGGUACAGGAGGGACUAUUGCAUCUAAAGGUGUGUUUGGAUACCAAACUGCAGGAUAUCAUAUCGACUUGACUAUUCAGGACUUGUUAGCAGCCAUCCCAGACAUUUCAAACGUUUGCCAAAUUGAGUAUGAACAACUAUGUAAUGUGGAUUCUAAAGAGAUUGACGAAGUGGCUAUGUUGAAGAUAUAUCGUGCAAUCUCUGAUUCCUUGCAAAGAUUUAAUGGUAUUGUCAUUACGCAUGGUACCGAUACUUUGUCUGAAACUGCUUUCUUCGUGGAAAGCACAAUCGACUGUGGUAAUGUUCCAAUUGUAUUUGUUGGCUCUAUGAGACCUUCUACUAGCGUGUCCGCAGACGGUCCAAUGAAUUUGUAUCAGGCCAUUUGUAUCGCUGCCAAUGCAGAAUCGCGGCAACGUGGUGUUCUUGUAUCGUUAAAUGAUCAAAUAUCCGCUGGAUACUAUAUUACAAAAACAAAUGCAAACACUUUAGAUUCGUUCAACGUAAGGCAGGGGUAUUUGGGAAACUUUGUGAAUAAUGAGAUUCAUUUUUAUUACCCUCCUGUGAAGCCACUAGGGUGCUGCAAAUUUAAGCUUUGCAUUAAGCCAGACCAGCUUUCUUUAAACCUAGCACCUGUUGUUAUCCUUUAUGCUCACCAGUCAUUUUCUCCGAAUUUAAUUAAAUCUGUUGUGUCUGAUUAUAAAGGAAUUGUCAUAGCCACGAUGGGAUCGGGGUCGCUGCCUGAUUCAGUUAACAAAGUAUGUUACGAUUUAGGAAUACCCGUAGUAUAUUCCAAACGUUCAAUGGAUGGGAUGGUUCCAGUAGCAAGUCUUCCUUCCCCACCAUCAGAUCCAAAUUCCCACUUAAUAGCAUCUGGGUAUUUGAAUCCAGAGAAAAGUAGGAUACUACUACAGUUGUGUUUAACUGAGAACUACACUCUAAAGCACAUCAGAAAGGUGUUCCAAGGAGUUUACGGUGGUUGA